AUGGCCGCCCUGAGUGAAGCCUCGGGCCACAUCUGGAAGUCAGUCCUGCUGCUUGUGACGGCUCUUUUCAUAUAUCUCGGCACACUGAGCUACCGUUCAUGGAACCGUCUCAGACAUGUCCCUGGGCCACCAGGUGCCGCCUUCAGCAAGUGGUGGAUGCUACGUAACACACUGGGUGGGCAGAUGCAUCUCGCUCUCAAGCGGGCCUGUGAUGAAUAUGGCCCGGUCGUCCGCGUCGGUCCCAAUGACCUGGUAACCAAUGACUCGGAUCUCCUCCGCCGCAUGUGGGCGGUUCGCUCGCCAUACUGCAAGGGUGCUUUCUAUGAGGCCGUUAGAUUCGACCCGGCCAGAGAUAACCUCAUCUCCAUGAGAGAUGACCAUGAGCACAAUGAGCUGCGAGCUAAGAUGGCCAUCGGCGUGGGUUUCCAGUCCCUCUUAUCAUGGCCGGCCGCGUCUGCUUACUCCGUUGGACAGUACUCGGGCAAGGAGAACGAAGACCUGGAAGCCACCAUCGACAGGCAAAUACAAGCCUUCAUCAGACUCAUCGAGGAGAAAUAUGUCUCGACAGCAGAGUAUUUCCGCCCCAUGGACCUAUGCAGAAAGGUCCAGUACCUCACGCUGGAUGUCAUCACUUCGCUGGCUUUUGGCUACCAUUUCGGCUACGUUGAACAAGACGCCGACGUCCACCAGUACAUCCAGAUGACGGAGCAGAGCAUGCCCGUCAUGAUGACGCUCUCCGUGUUCCCGCUGUUGGCAAAGUGGCUCCAGUCGCCCCUAUUUCGCCGCGCCAUGCCGUCGGAGCAUGACCGUGUGGGAUUCGGCAAGUUCAUUGCUGUUGCAAAGAAGGUGGUGGCGGAGAGACUGAUGUCGGACAAGACGGUGAAGCGGCGAGACAUGCUCGGGUCGUUCCUCACACAUGGCUUGACCCGAGAGGAGGCCGAGGGCGAGACACUGGUCCAGAUCAUGGCCGGAUCCGACACCACAGCGACGGCGAUCCGAACGACGAUGCUGUACCUUAUGACGUCUCCUUCAUGCUACUCGAAGCUCGCCAGGGAGGUUCGAGAGGCAGCCCAGUCGGGCGCAAUCUCGUCACCUACCACCAACAGUGAGGCUGGUAAUCUCCGCUACCUUCAGGCUGUCAUCAAGGAGGGCCUGCGGGUUUUCCCUCCCGUCACGGGUCUCAUGUCGACGACGGUUCCAAAGGGCGGCGACUUCAUGCACGGUAUGAGCAUUCCCGAGGGCACGGAUAUCGGAUGGACAGCGUUUGGUGUGCUCCGCUGCAAGGAAGUUUACGGCGCGGACGCGGACGUCUUCCGACCGGAACGGUGGCUCGAAGCGGGCGAGGACCAGCUCAAGAAUAUGGUGGCGCAGUGGGAGUUGGUGUUCAAGUAUGGCAAGUGGCAGUGCCUGGGCAAGACAGUUGCUCUCAUGGAGCUGAACAAGGUGUUUGCCGAACUCCUUCGCCGAUUCGACUUUUCCCUGGUGGACCCGGCUACACCGUGGAACUCAUUUUCGGCGGGUAUCUUCAUCCAGUCCGACCUCUUAGUGAGAGUAAGCAAGCAUGGUUAG